AUGGCGACCAAGCAGCUGAAGCAACACGUGAAGCCGCCGGCGCCGCAGCAGGGUCCGUGCGCGGGGGCGUGUGCCGGGCCGUGCGCGGGGCCCUCGGCGGGGCCUGCUUGCGCCGUCUGCGGGGCGCCGGCCGGACAGCGCUGCGCGGGCUGCGGAGGGGCGUACUACUGCGGCAAGGACCACCAGAAGCAGCACUGGAAGCAGCACAAGCCCGCCUGCUCGCCCGUCAAGGAGUCGCGGUCCGCGGAGAUGGGCCGCUUCCUGGUGGCGGCGCGCAACCUGGACGCGGGCGAGGUGGUGCUCAAGGAGGCCCCGAUGCUGGAGGCGCCGCCGCCCAGCACGCCGCCCCUGUGCCUGACGUGCUACAAGCCGCUGUGCGAGGCGACGGCCCGCGACUGCCCGCGCUGCGGCUGGCCCAUGUGCAGCACGGAGUGCGCCAACAACCCCAAGCACCGCGGCGAGUGCAGGCUCACCAUGCAGAAGAGGGGCAACAGGAUGAACAUCCGCAACUUUGGGCUGCCGCACCCCAGCUACCAGUGCAUGGCCACGCUGCGCUGCCUCGCCCUCAAGGAGGCCCAGCCCGCCAAGUGGCUCCGGCUGCAGGAGAUGGAGUCCCACCACGAGCAGCGCCAGGGCUCGCCCAGGAUGGAGCAGGAGCGCUUCGCCGUGGCGCAGUUCAUCCUCCGCGUGUUCCCCAAGCUCCGCGACGAGGACAAGAUCACCGAGGACGACAUCCUCAAGGUGUGCGGCAUCCUGCAGGUGAACGGCCACGAGGUGCCCCUGAGCGAGCCCCCGCACGUGGCCGUGUACGACAAGGGCUCGCUGCUGGCGCACUCGUGCCGCGCCAACUGCGCCAAGAGCUUCUCGUCAGCGGGCGAGCUGGUGGUGCGGACGUCCACGGCCGUCAAAGCCGGCGAAACCCUCACCAUCUGCUACACGGACCCCAUGUGGGGCACGGCGGCGCGCCGCCAGCACCUGUUCGAGACCAAGUUCUUCUGGUGCCGCUGCGAGCGGUGCCUAGACCGAACCGAAUUCGGCACUUACUUCAGCGCGCUCGGCUGUCCCGGCGAGCAGCCGGACUGCCCGGGGCACAUCCUGCCGGACGACCCGCUGGUGGAGGGCGGGGCCCCGGAAGACGGCGACCCCGACAUGGGUGACGCCAUGUACUGGCGCUGCUCGCAGUGCGACGUGAGCAUGCCGCAGGGCUCCGUGCUGUCGCUGCUGCGGAGGGUGGGCGAGGACCUGGCCGAGCUGGACAAGGACGACGCCGAGGCGUGCCGCAUCUUCCUGCAGCGCUACGGCGGUGACGAGUUCCCGCUCGACCUCAAGGAGAAGGACGCGGUGCGGCGGCCGCUGCUGUCGCGGCACCACUUCUACCUGACGGACGUGCGGCUGGCGCUGGCGCAGCGCUACGGCCAGGACGGCGCCGACGCCCAGCAGGGCCUGAGUCAGCUCACGGCCGGCGAGCUGGCGCACAAGCGCGCGCUGUGCCACCAGCUGAUCCAGUUGGGCGAGAAGCUGGUGCCGGCCGAGCACCGCAUGCGCGGCUUGCUGUGGUUCGAGCUGCACGCCGUGGAGGCCGAGGGGUCGCGGCGCCACGGCCUCGACCAGGGCCCCGACCCGGACGCCCUGCGCGCCAGCCUGCUGGAGUCCCGCCGCUGCCUCGCGGAGGCCGUCAACCUGCUGCGCUGCGAGCCCCCGGAGCUCCCCGAGGGCAAGGUGCUGCGCCAGGCCCGGCUCAACCUGCAGGACCUGGACCAGUUGCUGUGCGCGCUGCACAACGCCGUGGGCGUCGCCCCCAUGUGAACCCACCUACCGUCACUCUGCUGUCAUUCCCACCACAAUAAAACUUAAACACAAAA